AUGUCAAACGUUCCUGCGAAGGAUGGAGAUGCCGGUGUCGGUUCAGUUGUGUCUGACCCACAACACGCCCAGAAGCUUUUAAGGGCCCUUCGUUCCUUUCGGCAAGACGAGUGUUUCCAAGAUGCGGUUAUUGUCCUAGACGGUGAAGAGAUCCCGGUGCAGAAAAACGUACUGGCAGCUGCGAGUCCAUAUAUAAGGACAAAAUUGAACUACAACCCCCCAAAAGAGGAUGGGUCUGUGUACAGAAUCGAGUUACAAGGGAUCUCUGUUCCUAUCAUGAGGAAAAUUCUGGAAUAUAUCUUUAGUGGGGAGAUCUCCCUGAGUGAAGACACCAUUCAGGAUGUGGUUCAGGCUGCAGACAUGCUCCUGCUCACCGACCUCAAGUCUCUGUGUUGUCAGUUCCUGGAGAGCUGCAUCGCCGCGGAGAACUGCAUCGGGAUCAGGCUCUUCUCCCUGCACUACUGCCUGCACCACGUCCACCAUGUGGCCACCGAGUUCCUCCAGACGCACUUCCGCGACGUGGCCACCACCGAGGAGUUCCGCGAGCUGACCCCCGACCGGCUCUGCGAGGUCCUGGCCAUGGAGAAGCUGAACGUGGGGAACGAGAAGCAUGUUCUGGAGGCCGUGGUGCGCUGGCUCUCCCACGACAUGGAGGCGCGAAGGGUGCACAUGAAGGAAGUCAUGUCAGCGGUUUGGAUUCAGGGGCUGGACCAGAGCUACCUGCAGGAGCAGAUGCUGGGAGACCCCGUGAUGAGGGAGGUGAUCCGGGAGUGCUGUGUAGACUCACUUGGAGGAGCUGCUCCUCAAGGGGAGGCACUGCUCGCUGCGUUCAAGCCACGCGGCUACUCCGAGUGCAUCGUCACAGUCGGGGGGGAGCACAGGGCUACGCGGAAACCGUGCGCAGUCACGCGGUGCAUGUGUCCACUGUACGACCCGAACAGGCAGCUGUGGAUCGAGCUGGAGCCGAUGAGCGUGGGCCGUAUCGGGCACGGAGUCGUGACUGCCGAGGGUUACCUGUUUGCAAUAGGCGGAAUGGACGAAAACAAAACCGUCUUGAAUAGUGGUGAAAAAUACGACCCAGAGACUAAUACCUGGACUCCAAUCCCACCUAUGAAGCAGGCGAGGCAGAACUUUGGCAUAGCUGAACUGGAUGGGAUGGUGUACGUCCUGGGAGGAGAAGAUGAGGACAGAGAACUCCUCACUGUGGAGGUGUAUGACCCUCACUGUAAAACCUGGAGUUUCCAAACCAGCAUGACUAUGGUCCGAAAGUUUGGUUGCUGCGCCACGAUGAAGAAGAGGCUUUACGUGAUGGGGGGAGGCUCGUACGGAAAACUCUACGACUCGGUCGAAUGCUUUGACCCUAAAACUCAACAGUGGACCGCCCUCUGCCCCCUGAAAGAGAGAAGGUUCGGUUCUGUGGCAUGCGGAGUGGGUCAGGAGUUGUACGUGUUUGGUGGAGUCAGGAGUAAAGAGACAGACAACCCUGAACACAACCAGAUGACAACCUGCAAGUCUGAGUUCUACCACGACGAGUUUAAAAGAUGGAUGUAUUUGGACGAUCAGAACCUGUGUGUCCAGACCAGUUCAUCUUUUGUUUAUGGUGCUGUCCCAAUAGGUGCCAGUGUGUACGUAGUGGGAGACCUAGACACUGGUACCAGUUACGACUACGUGCGAGAGUUCCGUCGCAGCUCUGGUACCUGGCACCGGACCAAACCCAUGCUGUCCUCCGACCUCUGCAAGACCGGCUGCGCAGCCCUGCGCAUCGCCAACUGUAAACUGUUCCGUCUGCAGCUCAAACAGGGUCUCUUCAGAAUCCGCGUCCCGGCCACAUAG